ACCAACUCCAACUGCAUUUAUUAAACAUCUGCACUACUACAACAACUGCACACACACAAAGCACCACCACCCAGCACCACACACAAUACACAGACACAACAUUGCAUCCAAACAAGGCAACACAACAGCAACAACAGGAUCAACAACCCCUUCCCCCCCACCCCCCUCCAUCCCGACGCGGUUCCACAUCAUCACAACUACCGCCGUUGAGACCGACGCGACCCGACAGCACUCAUCCACCCGUGCUCGACAACUUGCGCACCCACACCUUCCCCCAGCCCCCAACCGCAGCAAGCCGUGUCUGACCGCCCGACCGGCCCGAGUUCCCUUUCGAAUCCUCUGCCGUGCACUGCUCGCCACGACCCCGCCCAGCCUGCACGCACCCCCCUCCGCGCCUUCCCCCACCCCAGUACAAUGACAGAGCACUCGACGCCCAUGCGCCUCGGCAUCGACCCGCCCCCCAUCCCCAUCACGGCUUCUCCGGUCACUUCCCCGUCGAUCCUGUCCACCUCGAGUUCACCGCCUCAAACAGCAACGCCGUCUUCCUUCGCUUCGGACGACGGCGCCUCGCCAGACAUCACCACGGCAAAGCGCCUUCCAUCGGUCCUCCCCACCACGGUCGACAGCCCAAAUGCGCGUAGCAAGUCGGUCACGCACGCCGACGGUGAUGACACAUAUGGCGUUCUGAACCGUCACCCAGCCGUCUUGCCAUCAACACAUUCCGACCGUUCGACGCUGAGAGGCGCAUUCCGCGUCGGUGUCAGCGAGGACCGCAACAAGAGAUGUCGCCGGACAAUGGAGGAUGCGCACAGCUUUGUGUACGACUACGCAGGCGUCCGCGGACAAGGGUACUUUGCAGUCUUUGACGGCCACGCUGGCAAGCAUGCUGCAGAGUGGUGCGGACAAAACUUCCACGAGUACCUCCUCGACGCUCUUCUUUCCUCCCCCAAUGAGCCUGUCCCCGACAUUCUCAACAAGACGUUUCAUGCCGUCGAUGCCCGUCUGUCCCACCUUGCGUACAAGGCCAAGACGCACUCGGGAUGUACUGCAGUCACUGCCUUCCUCCGAGUAGAGAAGGACAUUGAGACUCUCCCCUGCGGCUUUACCAACCCUGCGCUCUCGGCCCGUGGCCUCUUGGAAGGUCGCGGCGAGGACGAGCUCGAGGCACAAACGAGCCAGAACCCUUCGUCUCGCCGAUCAUCAAUGGGCGGUGGCUCGGCCGGCUUUAUGGGCGGCGCGGCGACGCCAUCAACCGACGGCAGUCUGAGGAGGAAAAUGUCUGGAAGGCGUAUCCGUGACUUUGUUCGUGGCCUCACGAGCAGCGGACGCGUGGACGACAGCGCCAUCGACGACGACUCCACCGACGAGCACAUUGAGGCAAUUGAACCCAAGAGCGAGCACGGUAUCCGCAAGGUGCUGUACACUGCCAACGUUGGCGACGCGCGCGCCGUUCUAUGCCGUGGAGGCAAGGCUGUGCGUCUCACGUACGACCACAAGGGCAGCGAUAGCCAAGAAGCCAAGCGUAUCACGGACGCGGGCGGUUUUGUCAUGAACAACCGUGUCAAUGGCGUCCUGGCCGUCACACGAUCCCUCGGCGACGCGUCAAUGAAGGAGUUUGUCGUCGGCUCGCCGUACACGACCGAGACUGUUCUCGACGAGGAGGACGAGUUUUUGAUUGUCGCGUGUGACGGUCUCUGGGACGUUUGCGAGGACCAGGACGCCGUCGACCUGAUCCGCAACGUGUCGGACCCUCAAGAGGCGUCGAAGCGCUUGUUGGAACACGCGCUAGGCAACUAUUCCACUGACAACCUGAGUAUCAUGGUGGUUCGAUUCUUUGACAAGUCUGAGUGAAGGCCGUGUCUGUAGCUAGAUGUAGCCGCACAGUGGUUGUACGGGGGUGCAUUGAGGCCCCAGAUGAUACCGAGCACAUGCAAGUGGUGGCAGUAG